AAUAUCGACAAUAUGAGAAAAAAGUUGAUGGAACUACAAAUGGAGAAUAAUGAUUUGAAAAAUAAGCUUACACAAGCUAACGAGAUUAUCUGUAAGAACGCCGAAAUAAUAGCGGAUCUAGAACUUAAGGAUGAAAAGAAUAGAACGGCUUUAACGCAUGAAAGCAACAGAUACGAUGCCAUGAUAACGCAAAAGCAGAACGAUAUCGCGAAACUGCAGAACGAGAAUCAAUCGUUGCACGAUCAGUUGAACAAUGUUGUAAUUGAGCUCACCCAUAGCAACGAAACGAUUUUAUUAUUGAGAAGAGAGAGCGACAAUAUGGCCGUGAUAAAUGUUCUGCAAGCGAAUCUAUCGGACUUAGACAUAGAUAAGGAGAGACUACUGCUGAAAGUGGACUAUCUGAAGAACGAGAUAGUGAGUUGUCAAAGUUCCACGGCGGACAUCGAGAAUGAACUGCGAACGUUCUCGCAGAAAAAUGAGACAUUGAAAACGGAUAUAGACAUUGUAAAAAAUACUAACGAUCAAUUGUUAUACACACACGAGGACGUGAUCAAGUCCUUGAAAGAUACCCUGUACACGUUUCCGGGGAAAAUUUAUGACAAAAUCGUGCGCCUUCGAACGGAAUUUAAAGAACACGACACGACAGAGAUAGAGAAUACAUCUGAACAUCAAAGCGAAGAAAUUUUGGAAAAUGAAAUGGAAAAACAGCAGCCGAGAGUAUAUGCUGAUAAGUCUUGUCAACAAGAUGAGGAAUUUUACACGAGCCAAUGCACGCAUGAUAAAGCAGUUAUGGUCGCUCAAGAAGCAGAUUGUAAUACUGAGAAUGCUGAGCACAAGUUAAGAUCUCUUGAAGGACAAUAUGAGAGCAAACUGCAUGAAAUUAAAAAUUUGAUGGAUGACGUAAAGCUGAGAGAUUACGAAAUAAAGAAUCUCGAAGAGUGUAUUACCUAUCUGUUGCAGGAGAAGGACGAUUUAGAAGCUAAAGUUAAAUCCCAGGUAGAGGAGUAUCAGAAUAAAUUGGCGUUGUUGAAAAAAAAAUAUGACAGUAGUUUGAACGCUUUUCGUAAGAGACAUAACGAGAACGUCGAAAGAUUACAGAUGAGAUUCGAAGAUAUUAUGAAAAUCGACAAAAGUCCAUUUGACUCGGAGAGUUGGUUACAGUCGCUGAACUUGAAGGAACUGACGGAACUACAUAAUCGAAUCAAUAUUUUGAGCUCACACGCAAUUGAGAAUACUGAACUAAACAUUACACAUACCGAAACGAAGGAUCAUUACAGACCUCGCAAUAAUCCCGAAGAGCAUAAGUUCUAUAACAAGUUCACUUUACAUAAGCAGUACACGACAGAGAAUAGAUUGUCAUUAAAUAAAAAAGCAAGUAAAGAUGAAUUUAUAAAUAAAAAAGCAAGUAAAGAUGAACUCAUUUUCAAAAAUCUCAACACGAAAAAUAAUGAAGAGAAAAUUGCUAUAACAGAAUUAUAUUCUCGCGAUUUUAAACAGAAACAUAGAUUUUCCGAUAAUGAGAAGAAACAAAUGGAAAAUACUGAUACGAAAGCAUCUAAACCUAGAAUAGACAGAACCAUUGAUUGGCAGAGAGAGAAAUUUAUCUAUCAAUGCAGCAUAUAUCAUAAAUUGAACAAUACUCGCUGAUAAAAUAGUAUUUCGUAAUAUAGAGAAUUGCAAGCG